GGGAAACAGCGUGCCGGAGGAGUUCGCUCGCGCCGCGGCUCAGGAACAAGGAACUUCGAUACUCAACUCCUGAACAACACCCAUAACCCUCAAAUUAGGCAUAUUUCACUCACUUUAGUGCACGGAACACCUGGAAUAUCGCUUCAGCUGAAUCCUUAUUAACCCACCAUGCUCCUCUCCUCCUGCUGUUGAACUUUGACAGUGAUGACGGACUGCCCAGUGGCUCCCGGUCAGACGUACAUAGAGGUGGAGUACGACUAUGAAUACAAAUCCAAAGACCGUUUGAUCGCCAUUAAACAGGGGGAACGUUACCUGCUGGUAAAGAAGACCAAUGAUGACUGGUGGCAGGCGCGGAAGGAGGAGGGCAGUAAGCCCUUUUAUGUCCCUGCACAGUAUGUCCGAGAGUUGCGACGUGCCCUCAUGCCUCCUCCCAAACCCCUCCCACACACAGGGGCAGUCGCCCGAGGGGGAACUGGAACCAUUCGGCCUUCUGCUCUGGAUAUCCAGCGUUCAGAUGAGAAGAAGAUCUUGUCUCUAUCCCCCUCCUCUGGGCAAAGAACUGCAUUACUGCCACCCAGAGAUGACAGGGGCAGCCCGGGCAGCCCGGGCAGCCCCAUGGGGCAUGUACCCCACACACAAAUAAACACACCCCACGGCUCACUUCCUCAAUUGAGAGCGGAGUCCCCGAAUCGCACAGGCGAUGAAGAGAUGGAUAAAGAUCUAGAGUCAGAGAAGUGGGAACGAGGACCAGAAAAAGGUGCUGUUCAGGAAGAGUUUGCCAGAGAGUCAAGAGGCUUGGACAAGAUUCGGAAUGACUCGGAGUCUGGGGAAGAGCUCAGCAGUGGUUCCACUGAUAACCUGCAGUCUGUUUCAGCAGGACAGGGUAUGCCUGAUUCUCCUGUCUACACAAAUCUGCAGGAGCUGAAGAUCUCUCAGUCCUUUGCCCCACCUUUGCCGUCCUCCUCUCCACUCCACACUAAUGGCAACUGGGAGACUCACAAAGAUCAGAACAGCAGACAAUACUACUACAACCGCAGUACACAGGAAAGGACCUGGAAACCCCCCCGGGCACGGGACAGCCUCAGCAGGAAAGAGGAGAAACAAGAGAUGACUGAUACUGAGGUUCUGUCUUUGUCUGAGAACUGUCUGAGCAGCCAAUCAGAUAGCCUGUAUGGUUCGCCCCCUAGAGGCUGGUCUGAGGAAAUGGAUGAGCAUGGACACACACUGUAUGUGUCUGACUAUACUAAUGAGAAGUGGCUGAGACACACAGAUGAUCGAGGCCGGCUGUAUUACUACAGUGCAGACGGCUCUAGAUCUGAAUGGGAGCUUCCUAAAAUUGGUCUCAAAAAACAGUCUAACCAAUCCCCUCUGCUGCCUGGAGGCCAAGACUCACACAAAACUUGCAGUCUUGACCGGAGACUGCCAGAUCCCAUUCCAAUCAGCAGAACAAGACACAGCACAUAUUCACCGGAGUCCUAUGACAAGGACUCCACUAAAACAGGCUCACCUGACUCUGACUCUUCCUGCCCUUCCUCUCCCAAACCCCCCCACUCUCCAUCAGAGAAAUCUGGCAAUUUAAACAUGACUAAAAUAACAGAACAUGGAAAGAAGGUCAGGAAGAACUGGACUUCCUUUUGGACAGUUUUGCAGGGUUCUUCACUACUAUUUAAUAAGAGUCAGGGAAGCGGGACUGGUUGGUUUGGAAGAGAUCAGAAGCUGGAGUUCAGUGUGGAUUUGAAAGGAGGGUCAGUGGAGUGGGCGUCUAAAGACAAAUCUAGCAAGAAACAUGUUCUGGAGCUGAAAACCCGGCAGGCCAUGGAGCUCCUCUUGCAGUCAGAUAGUGAUGGUGUCAUCGAUGAUUGGCACAAAGCUCUAAGUGAAGCCAUAAACACCCACGCAUGGGAGUCUGAUGAGGCCAUUGAGGAGGACAUGUCAGAAUCUCCUGACGCUGAGAAAAAUGACAAAGAAAAAGAGCACAGAGACUCCAAGAAAGGCAGAGCUAUGAAGAACUCCGUCAGCAUGGACAAUUCAGACCAGAAGAAGACCAAGACCAAACUGAAGAAGUUCCUCACACGCAGACCAACUUUACAGGCCGUCAAGGACAAGGGGUACAUUAAAGAUGUUGUGUUUGGUUCCAGUUUGAGCUGUCUUUGUCAGAGAGAGAAUUCAACUGUUCCUCACUUUGUCUGGAUGUGCAUUGAACAUGUGGAAAAAAAUGGGUUAGGAGUGGACGGUUUGUAUAGAGUCAGUGGAAAUUUGGCCAUUAUACAAAAACUGAGAUUUGCAGUCAAUCAUGAUGAGAAAGUGGACUUGGGGGACAGCAAAUGGGAGGAUAUUCAUGUAACCACUGGAGCGCUAAAGAUGUUUUUCCGCGAGCUACCGGAACCUUUGUUCACCUAUGCUUUCUUUAACAAUUUAAUCAGUGCUAUUAAAAUGCCAGAUUACAAGCAGAAAGUACAAGCUGUCAAGGAUAUAAUGAAGCAGCUGCCACAGCCCAACCAUGACACCAUAAAGGAGCUCUUCAAACACCUAAAGAACGUGAUACAGCACGUAAACGAGAACAGGAUGACCACUCAGAGUGUUGCAAUCGUGUUCGGCCCAACACUCCUGCGUCCGGAGACAGAGACAGCGAAUAUGGCAGUGCACAUGGUCUACCAGAACCAGAUUGUUGAGCUGGUUCUUAUAGAAUAUGAGAGCAUAUUUGGCAGGUAGGUCACACCCACAGCAAGCCUUUGACUAAACUCAACGGGCCAAUCACUGCUGAAGAAGCCAAGCAAACAUGGACUGCCAGUCUGAACACUGAACAUGUUUUGGUACGUUUACAUGAGAAGGACGACCAAUCCUGGCUUCAACAUUGGAAAAAAAAUAUAUAUAUUUUACCAUAUCUUUAUUGGACUUUAUUAUGCAGUUGAGCAUAAUUAUUUGACUAAUUAUUUGACUGCUUUCUUGACUGGAUAAUAUAUUUUUUAUAUAUAUACAUUUGUUAUUUUUGGACCAUUUUGUUUUGGACAAAUCAUUAUUUUGGACCAACAAGGGCUUUUCUUUUGUCCUGAAUGCAGCGUUGCUUAAGGGAGAAAUUGUAACUUCAUCCUAGGUUUCCGUUCACUGCUGUUACUACUUUUUGUGGUAAAUCUGAGUUGGAACGAAAUAUCAACUGACUGACUACCACAAUCGACAUGGAAUUUUUUCUAGACUUAAAACUCAAAUAAAAAUCUCUGUGGCAAUGGAUUACAUUCUGUUGGACACUGGAACUGACUACAGAGAUGACCACUGCUGAGAAACACACUGGAGUUACUAUAUAAGACUUUCAAGAACAUGGAUGCUUGGUCAAGCCAAUAUUAGCCAUCUCAUUUUCAGAGUCUCAGUAUUGAUUUCCUGUUAAUAGUAAAAUAUCGAAGUAAGUUUUUCUGGACCCACUUCAUACUAGAUAUCUUUACUAUGUACUUAAAGUAUUUGACACAAUGUACAUACAUGUUGCUGCAUUUAAUUACAUUGGUUGUUACACUGUUAACCUUACCUUUAAACAUAAACCUAACCCUACACUAACCCUAAACCUGAUCCUAUUCUUAAACCUACAUGUAGCUCAAACUCAGUGACAGCAAAUGUGCCUCUUGUGAGAAUUUUGCUGAACAACAUGUAGUUAAACAAUAAAUGAAUUGUAUUCUAUGUAUUUUAAUGAUAGUACAUAGUAGCUAAAGACACCUAAUAUAAAGUGGGUCCGUUUUUCUGGAUGGAUAGCUGACAACUGUUUCAGUAAGAGUAUGUCAGGCAAAUUUCAGACUGUUUAAGUCUCCACUCUGUGGGUCUGUAGAAAGACACUGGAAUGAAAUGUGUGCAGAACACAUUUAACCCUGUGAGGACAUUGCACUUGCUAUUGUUCCACACCAGUCCCAGUCAUGCAUUGAAAACCAUCUCAGACUACUUAAUAUUUAAAUAGACCUUGAUCAGGAUAGCUGCCAUAUUUAUUUUUUGUGUUCAAAAACAAGGCAGUGUGGUAUAGAUGCUCAGUUUGUUCAAUGGGUUGAACUGUUAUAGACCCUUGUCUUGAUAGUUCAGCUAUCAAAUAAUUAAUAUAUGUCCUUUAUUAUAUCAAAAUACGUUAUGACAAAAAUAAUAAAACAAAAAUCUCUGGAGAUCAUGGGUUGUGAUAAUUAGACGUGGCUUAUUUCGUUCAAUUUUAAUCCUUCAAUCCAUUGAACAGAAUGUAUGUCUAUCCUAACAGCUGCAUUUCAGACAUGAAAGAUAAUAUGUGGUGUCUACCUGGUCUAUACGGUCUAUACAGUGUAUUGUUGAGUAAAAUUCACUUGUAAAGAUCUUGUGUUUGUUUGAAAGACGUAUUGGAAGAGAUUGUUGGAGAGUUUGUACUUGAAUACUUGAUCACUUGAUCUUGUGAGUGAAAAGAGAACAUGGAGGUAAAAUCAGCACAAUUGUAUUAUUAUACAGUCUGGAUUAUUAAAAAUGUUUAAAUAAGAAUUCUGAGUUAAUCCAGGCCUUUUUGUUAACCUUUUUGUUUGGUAAAAGGUUGCUGAAUGUAAUUCUUUAAACAUUCUGCUGUAUGUUGCAGUUUUGUCUUGAUCAGAAUAAAGUUGACAAGG